CGCACCCGAAAAGGCCUUCCUAUCGUUCCUUGAUCCCCGCUUCGGAAAGCUCCAACCGCGGAAGCUUUGAGCUUCCCUAAAACAGCAGCCCUCGUUUGUGGGCGCGUGGGCGGGUUGUCUCUUUCCCUCCACCCCCCCCCCACCUCCGCGCGCACAGCUCAUUCACACGGAUCUGGCAGGCUACGUUCGCCCGAGCAGCUUUCCAAUUGGCUCGACGCUCCGGGAGCCUGAAGGCAGGAAAAUAAAGGAUCGCGGCCAAGGCGGCGGUGAUUGGCGAAGCUCUUCUCACAUCACAGGUCUUUGGAAUCGCCCUACAGCUGUUGCUGGAACGUCAGGACCUGUGACGUUGCACCCCCCUCCUAUUACUGCUCUUCCAAUGGGGGGUUGACCUCCCCCCCCUCUCUUUUUAUCGGCCGUGAUCUCCUUCAUCUUUUCUUAGGAAGCGUGACAGACACCUUUGCAUCUGUGCACGGCGCCUCGGCCACGUACCUUGCUCUCUUGCCAUGCCUUUCAAGUCCUGCGUAGCAACGCUGAAAGAGGAUUUGGAUUUGCGCAGGUAGAAUCCUUCGAUUGCCGCGGUUUAACUUCUUUUAAUACUCAGGCCAUUGCACGAUUGCGUACUGGAGAUUUGACAUAGCGGGGAAAAAAGAGCGAAGGAAGAAGACGCUUUGAAAAGGAAAAACAGUGCCUUUUGUCCAUUAGUUCUGCCUGCAUCGUUUAAACUCCCCUCCACGCGCACAUCGUCUCCACACCAUCCUAUAAAUUAAGCUGGACCAUGGCAGACGACGAAAACGGUUUUGGCAGCGGCGGCAGCACCACCACCACCAGCACCUCGAACGAGGUCCCUCCGGAGCCCUGCAGGGACAGUUGCGAGAACAGCCGCUGCAAUGUGCUGACUUGGGAGCAAGUGCAGCGCUUGGAUCGUAUCCUGAGUGAAACCAUCCCGAUUCACGGCCGGGGUAACUUCCCCACUCUGGAAAUGCAGCCGCGACAGAUCGUGAAGGUGGUGAGGAGCCGCCUGGAGGAGCAAGGCAUCGGCGUGCGCGAUGUCCGGCUCAACGGCUCGGCGGCCAGCCACAUCUUGCACCAGGAUAGCGGCCUGGGCUACAAGGACUUGGACCUCAUCUUCUGCGCCGAUUUGAAAGGCGAGGCGGAGUUCCAGAGAGUCAAAGACGUGGUCCUGGAUUGCCUCUUGGAUUUCUUGCCGGACGGGGUUAACAAGGAGAAGAUCACGCCGCUCACCCUGAAGGAAGCCUACGUACAGAAAAUGGUGAAAGUCUGCAACGAUUCAGACCGAUGGAGCCUCAUCUCCUUAUCCAACAACAGUGGCAAAAAUGUGGAGCUCAAAUUUGUGGACUCUCUGAGGAGGCAGUUUGAGUUCAGCGUAGAUUCUUUCCAGAUCAAGCUGGACUCUCUCCUUCUUUUUUAUGAAUGUUCUGAAAAUCCAAUGACUGAAACGUUUCACCCGACUAUAAUUGGGGAGAGCGUCUAUGGGGAUUUCCAAGAAGCCUUUGACCACCUUUGUAACAAGACGAUCGCAACUAGAAAUCCAGAAGAGAUCAGGGGAGGUGGCCUCCUUAAAUAUUGCAACCUCCUAGUGAGAGGCUUCAGGGCUGCCUCUGAAUCUGAGAUUAAGUCCCUCCAGAGAUAUAUGUGCUCAAGGUUUUUUAUUGAUUUCUCAGACAUUGGAGAACAGCAGCGCAAGCUGGAGUCCUACUUGCAGAACCACUUUGUGGGACUCGAGGACCGCAAGUAUGACUAUCUCAUGACCCUUCAUGGGGUGGUGAAUGAGAGCACAGUGUGCCUGAUGGGACACGAAAGGCGACAGACGUUAAAUCUUAUCACCAUGCUGGCCAUCCGGGUGCUGGCUGAGCAAAAUAUCAUCCCCAACGUGGCCAAUGUCACUUGCUACUACCAGCCAGCCCCUUACGUAGCUGAUGCUAACUUCAGCAAUUACUAUAUUGCUCAGGUUCAGCCCAUGUUCCCCUGUCAGCAGCACACUUAUUCUACUUGGUUGCCCUGUAACUAACCGGUUUUGAUAGACUUGAGGGAACUAACCGGUUUUAAGAGACUUGGGGAAGCAAAUAAAAGAGGAGAGUGGCUCUCCUCUUUUAAAAGUGGGGAGUGCAACAUGGUUUGCUCUACCUUUUUUUUUUUUUUUUGCUGGAGGAAAGUUCUUCUGGUUCUUCUCUCUUGCGUUAAAUGAGUAGGAAAAGAACCAAAAGCUAUUGGAUUCCACCCCAAAGUAUGCAACCUGUCUUGAAGAGCAACUAGAUCGCCUUGAAAUAAACCUAGGAGAAAUGGUUGAUGACAAUAUGGGUUGGCAAUGCUUGCUCCCAUAGCUAUGGCAGAGCAAAAGUUGGGAAACCCGCCUUGAUGAUGAUUAUUAUUUUUUUUAAAAAAAUGGAAUUUGAACAUUGAAAUGAAAAAGGAACCUGAGAAGAAGAAGAAAAAAAAAAGGCUAAAUAUGCUUUCAGGAAUUAAAAGUUAGAUGCAAAAAUAUACAGAUACAUUGGAAUAAGGUGUAUUUUGGAAUUCUCUCUUUGGAGCAUGCAUUAAUUAUGCUGCCCAGCAAGGGUUGCCACAGAAUGUAUAGCUUGCUUGAAUAGAAUGCUUUAAGAGAAAUUGCUUGCUCAAAAAAAAGAAAAGGAGAGAUAGAGGCUGAAAGAAGGGUGGGGGUGGGAAGGAUUAUGGCAAAUUUCAUUAUUUCCAGCUGUGUGCAUGCUUCACAUUUUUUAAAAAAAUGUGGAAAGCAAGAAAGCCAGCUGCAGCAAGCUUCAUAUGCUUUAGGACCAAAGAUAAAUUCUCCUAGUUAAGACGGGAUAUGGUAGAUUAUGAAAUAUAAAUAUAUAUAUUUGUAUACAAAAAUUUUAAACAAAAGUGCCUGAUGUCUUCAGAGAAUUUGAAGUGAGAAAAAAAUAUAGUUUUGUGGUCUAAUCUUGCAUUUUGUUUUUUUUUAUCAGGGACACAAGAAACUUUAAAAAAAAUAAGCUUGUGAAUAAAUGGUGGAGGAUAUUCCUAUUUGUUUUCCUUGCAAAUACCUAUAUAAAGGUUAUAUUGUUGGUGUUCUGCAAUCUUUGGUACACAAUGUAUGUGUAUGUUUAUUGUUUUGUGUGUGUGUGUGUGUAACAUGUUAUAUGUAUAUAUUCACAUGUUUUAAACAUGGUUGGGAAAUGUAGCAAAUGUUAAGGAAUGUUUUAAAUGAGAUAUAGUGUGCGUGUUCCAGUCUGCAACAGGAUAUAAUCAUUGUGAGGCACUUUGCAGAGAUUCCCAUACCUGAAAAAUCUAGAUACACAAAUUAGUCCUAUAUAAAAUAGGAAUCCAAUGAUAAAAGUAAUUAAUUGGCCUAUUUGUGAGCCAGAGGGUUUUGUAAUUGGACAAAAACUUCUGAACUCUGUAAUUAUUGUAUCUUAAGGUUGUUUUAAUGUUCAGCUUAGAAAUUCCUACAUAUUUUUGUGAUGGAGCAAGACACCAACUGGAAUGUGGCUCAAACAGGUGGCUCCCCUAAUCCCCAGAUACUGUUUUACUUGGUAAUUUAAAUACUUAUGAUUAAUAUUUCUUUUGAAAAGCAGAAUGCACUAUGCAUUGCACGACCACUAUAACUUAGCAAAUGUGAAAUGAACCCUUCGUGUUGCACGUUUGUUUGCGUGUAUGUGUCUUUCCACACAUACAUACGCUAUCAAACAUCUUCAAUUUGAUUGCAACACUCUAUUCUGCAGCUUAAUAUUGUGUCUUAUUUAAAAGGAAUCGUUUUUGCUUUCUCGAAGAAUCAACUUACUUCAUGUUCUUCCAUCCCCUUUGCGUUGAUUAUCAUACAGAAGAGUCAUGACUGUUUUUCUUUUUCCUCCAGCCACUGGUUUUUAAAAGGGAAUGAAAUCUAACUGUAACGUUCAAAUAGAGAAUUAAGAGAUCUUUAAGUCAAUUAAUGAAGGAACUUAACGUUUGGAUUUAAGGCUCGGAUGCUUUAUGAAUUGUGUUGGAGCCUGGCUUGCCUGCUUUCCCCCAUUUUUAAUGAUUUGACGUUUCUAGUACUGAUGGAGGAA